AUGGACGAAGACGUGCUGACGACGCUGAAACUGUUGAUAAUUGGUGAAAGUGGUGUCGGAAAGUCCAGCCUUCUUCUGAGGUUCACCGAGGAUACUUUUGACCCUGAGCAGUCUGCCACAAUAGGCGUAGACUUCAAAGUAAAGACUGUUGCCAUCGAUGGAAACCGAGCAAAACUGGCGAUUUGGGACACAGCAGGACAGGAGAGAUUUCGAACUCUGACACCCAGCUACUACCGUGGUGCACAAGGUGUUAUUUUAGUAUAUGAUGUCACCAAACGAGACACAUUCGCAAAACUUGAUAACUGGUUGAAUGAACUGGAGACGUACACAACACGGAACGACAUUGUGAAAAUGCUUGUUGGCAACAAAAUUGAUCAAGAGGACCAUGAAGUUGACAGAAAUGAAGGACUGAAAUUUGCAAGAAAACACUCCAUGCUGUUCAUUGAGGCCAGUGCAAAAACCAAAGACGGAGUCCAGUGUGCCUUCGAGGAGCUGGUAGAGAAGAUCCUGCAGACUCCAGGUCUGUGGGAGAGUGAGCAUCAGGGUCAGAAGGUGAUCUUGGGGCAGCAGGAGCAGAGCCAGGGCGGGGCGUGCGGAGGCUACUGCUCCAUACCAUGA